CCUCUCCCUUUGCGAGGUGAAGCGGCGCAAUUGCACGCGGUGCAGAGUGUUUAGUGCUGUUGGGGUUGUUUUUUCCUCCCGCACCCGGCUGCGCACGAAGCCAUGGGGUUUAAGGAGCCCGGCGUUCCUUUGACUCUUCUCCUUUGGAUUACCGCUUCCUGGGGCUGCCUGCCCGGCUGCACUGCCUGGGCUGGAGAAACAGCAGCGGCGGCGGCGGCUCGCCAGCAGGACGAGUUCUUCUCCGCCACCAGUAUUUAUGGAGCCAGAUGCAGCUCCAGGUGUCUCAGCUUGCAGAUUACGCGUAUCUCUGCCUUUUUCAAGCAUUUCCAGAAUAAUAGUUCCUUGGUUUGGUGUCAGAAUCACAAACAGUGUUCAAAGUGUUUGGAACCUUGCAAAGAGUCCUGGGAUCUGAAGAAAAACCAUUGCCAAAAUUUUUGUGAGCCUCUUUUCCCCAGGAAGAACUAUGAAUGUCUAACUAGCUGUGAGUUUCUGAAAUACAUCCUGUCAGUGAAGCAAGGAGACUGCCCAGCACCUGAGAAGGCCAGUGGCUUUGCAGCUGCCUGUGUUGAAAGUUGUGAGGCUGACAACGAAUGCUCUGGGGUGAAAAAGUGCUGUUCCAAUGGAUGUGGACAUACAUGUCAAGUGCCCAAAAAUCUUUAUAAAGGUGUUCCUUUAAAACCCAGAAAGGAAUUAAAAUUUAGUGAACUUCAGUCUGGACAGCUAGAAAUUAAAUGGUCUUCAAAAUUCAAUAUCUCCAUUGAACCUGUGCUCUAUGUGGUACAAAGAAGAUGGAAUUAUGGGAUUCAUCCCAGUGAAGAUGAUGCAACAAGUUGGCAAACUGUAGCACAGAUCACAGAUGAGAGAUUACAACUGACUGACAUCAGACCUAGCAGGUGGUACCAGUUUAGAGUGGCAGCCAUAAAUGUGCAUGGAACAAGAGGUUUUACAGCUCCCAGCAAACACUUUCGCUCCUCAAAAGAGCCAUCAGCUCCACCUGCUCCAUCUAAUCUCAGGAUUGCCAACUCUACAGUAAACAGUGAUGGAAGCAUAAACAUAAGGAUUAUUUGGGAUGUCCCAGAGGAACCUGAUAUUCCAGUCCAUCAUUACAAAAUCUUUUGGAGCUGGACUGUCAGCAGCAAGGCUCUUGUCCCAGCAAAAAAGAAGAGAAGGAAGACUUCAGAUGGAGUAAAAGAAUGGACAUCUACCAUUGGUAAAGCAACUGAUGUUUCAUUCUUCAAAGGAAGUAGACUUAAUCGUCUUCUUGAAAUUGGAGUCCCUUUUUUCGAAGAUGACCAACUUCAAGUGAAAGUCUACUGGAAGAAAACAGAAGAUGUCACCAGCAGGGAAGAAUAUAAUGUUCAGUGGUUCCCAGAAUUAUGUUCUUACAACAAUACCGAAGAGCCUGAAAAAUUCAAUGAUGUAACGUAUGAAAAUUAUAUAAUUCUUCAGAACCUGUCCUUUUCCUGCAAGUAUAAGGUUACAGUUCACCCAGUAAGAUCCAAUGGUCAGUUGAAAUCUGAAAGCAUUUUUUUUACGACUCCACCUUGUUCUGAUCUAAAAGGGAAAAAACACAAGUAUGUAAGCUGCGUAGCUAAAGGAGAUCCUGUUAUCUCAAAAAUAUUGGCAAAACCAGAGAAUCUUUCUGCUUCUUUCAUUGUUCAGGACAUUAAUAUUACAGGCCACUUUUCCUGGAAAAUAUCAAAAACAAAUCUUCACCAACCAAUGACAGGAUUUCAAGUCACUUGGGCAGAAGUCACUACAGAAAGCAGGCAAAACAGCUUACCAAACAGCAUUAUCUCCCAAUCACAAAUAUUGCCAGUAGAUCACCAUAUGUUGACAGUACCCAACCUAAGACCAUCAACUCUUUACCGUUUAGAAGUUCAAGUGUUAACCACAAGUGGUGAAGGACCAGCUGCAAUAAAAUCAUUUCAAACACCCAAUUUAGUGAUAUCACCACAGAGACCUCAUAUGAAGCAUCACCAUCCACGACACUACAAAUCACCCCCUGAAAAAUACUAAAUUGCCAUAAAUUAUUAACCAGAUGGAAAACGAUGCAAAGAAGUUCUUGAAAGACGACCCGAAAAAUGCAUCUUUAUUGGGUUAUGGAAUGAGCUAUUGUUUUAAUAAAUGUUUAUCGAAUAUGAAUUGUGUAUAAAUCUGUAUGAAAUGGAUUGAAAAAAGCAUGUUUGAACUAAUUUUGGGAUAUAGUACAGAUUAUAAUGCAAAGAUCAGCUGUAUUCAUAUUAUCAGAGCAUUCAUCAUCUAUGAAAAUGUAAAUAUUUUCAUAUAUAUCAUUAUAGCAAUUACCUGUUACUGUAGCAUAUGCUACAUGACAUCCUGCUUUAUCACUUCCCAUUAAUAUCUUUACAUAGCUUUUUAAAUAGAUUUAAACCAUCCAUUUAAACCUAAGUUAUCUGUGGCUGAUACAGGAAAAACAUAACAAUCCCUGUCCAUUUCAUGAUAUAUGAUAUACGUGGCCUAAUAAUAUCUAUUUAGUAACUGAGUAGAAUUUCAAUAUUUUACCUAAUUUGCUUUCAGAAAUCCCAUUAAAUGGACAAAGAUUCAUGUCCAUUUGAUGAAGAAACAUUAUCUUGUUUCCAUGAAGUAGACACAUUAACUUUUGAGGGUUUCAUUAAGGGGGGAUUAUUUUUCCUAAGUUAUGAAGAAAAAUGAUCAAACUGUUGUUGUUUUUUCCAGAGGUUUUUCAUACUGGGAACUGAAACCAAAUGGAGUACUUAAAGCAACACUACAACACUAAUUGAAAUGUAAAUAAGUCUGUCUUAUAGCUACUAGUAUCAUUAAAUACUUCACAAAAUUAAUGAAUUUAAGUGAGGGUUGAGGUUAAGUUCUUUGAACUAGACUUUUACUUUAGAAGAAGUUUGUCAUGUGAGAUGUAGGGCCUUUUUACACCUAGGAGCUGCAAGAUGUUCCAUGACAUUUUGAAAUAUAGGAAGCUAACACAGUUUUCCAGCAUUUCUUCUGGACUACUCUUUUCCAUUAUCACUUUCCACUCUCAUUACCAGGAAUUGCCUCAUGCUAGUUCUUGGGAGUCUCCCUUCUCAUCUGUUGCCACCAUCUUGGUAUAUCAUAGUAACAUUAACAAGUAGCUUUCUUGGUUUAUGCAAAUAAUGGCCUAUUAUAAGGCUGGGGUGGUAGUGGAAAUGAAUGCUGGUAAGGGCAGAAUGAUGGAAGAAUAGCAGAUGAGAUUUUUGUACAUUCCCACAAAAAAACUCCAACUGGCAAAAUGUAAGUUCUAUAGAAAAAGCAAUUGAUACUACAAAGUUAUGUCAGAAAGGAAGAUAAACUAGACAUUUUAUAGUUACCCUUUCAGUACUUGGCCACCAAUAAAGAUACGUUUGUCCAUCCAACAAUAUAUACACUGUAUAUCCCUCCCAGAAGGAGCUUGUUUUUCAUUUCACUACAGGAAUAUCUUUGUGCAAAUAGAAGGAUCUUUAUCUGAUUAUUCAGGUAAACUGAAUCCUCAUACAGGGAGAAGAUUGCAGGGCACGUGUUGACCAAGUUCAUGAUAUCAGAGUUAUUUUAUUAAAUAAUAAAAUAUUGACAGCAUCAAUUGAAUUAAGCUAAAUCUGAAAAUUUCCUGUAUCUUUACUUUAAACAAAACUUUAUUGAAUGACAUAAUGAAGUAUAGGAAACUUCAUGGACACACUUAAUUUAACUAAACUGUAACCACAUGUUUUAAACAAUACAGUUUUAGAUCACACUUCAGAUUUAAUUUUCUUUUGUCUUGUUCAUUAGAAAAAAAUUAGCAUCCUCUAUUCUUAGAGGGACAUAUCUCUCCAUUACAUGCUUUGAUUUAUAUCAAGUGAAAGGAAAAACAAUGCUGUCCAUAACCACUGCAGUAGAAAAUUAAAGGGUAGAGAUACUUUUUUGCAUACAUGUUUAAUCUAUAACAAUACAUAAUUGUCAUAAAUAAGAUUAAGAAUAUCCCUCUUUUUAAAGGAAAAGAAAAAGGCCAAAUGUUUUUGAAGAGCAUAUAGAAAAAUCAGACAACAAUGUCUUUGAAUUAUUUCAGAAAAUUUAUGGUUCUUGUGAGCAUACUGUAUGUUCAACAAGCUUGUAUAUGCAGAUACAAUUAAGAGAAGAUUUGCACAUAUUCUUUACUUGCUACAUCUGUAAAGACUUGCAUGCAUAAAAUAUGCUUAAGGGUAUACAGUAUGGACUGGUUUUCAUUCAGAUAAUGGAAACCAACAAUGAAAAGACAUUUUUAAAAAAGUUCAAGUUAUCAAGAGGUAGUCUGUGUAUUCACUUUCAAUGUUUUUAUUUGUCUAAUUUCAAAAAAACAACCCCCCACAACAAUUUUAUUCAAACAAAAAUUUGAUCCAAAUAAAGCCAGUUUGACUUUAGGUGUUCACGGUAUGCUUUAUAAAUUAGUUCAGUGUUUUCAAUGACUUGAUUGCUUAAAAAGCAGAAAUUGCCAAAUGCUGCCAACACGAUAGUGUUCGGUGCAAUCUGUUUCUUCAUUCAGUUGAAAACAAUUGUUAUAUAUGUGUGUGGGAAAUAUAUUGAAAAAAGCUGUUAAUCUGUUUCUGUUAAUCAGAUUUCAAGAACAAUUGUAUUGAAAACACUAAGAUUUAUCAAACUAUAUUAGUUCUCUUUUAUGCAAGAACAGGAUUUAAUUACAAAUAAAUCUUCAAAAAAUGUAAGAAUGGAAGUUAGUAACUUCUAUUUUAUUUCCUCUUAUUUUUAAAAAGGGCAUAUAAAAGUUGUGAUAACUUAUUUAUUUUAGAUCGCAUUACUUUUAUGUUAUUUGUCUUGAAUUUGUUAAGUAUUCUUAAAUCUCUGAUUAAUACCUGUGGGACAUAUAAAUGUCAUAUAAGUUGUACAUUGUACUCCAGAUACACACUUUUAAUGGUUGCAUUAUUUUUUAAGACUUCAAUUUUUUUGUUUUUUGUUUUUAAAGGAAAUUAAUGCUUCCAGGUAUUGUUGGAUCUAUAGGUUUUGCAUGCCAAAAAUCAUAAUUCAGUUAGAGACAUGAAUUGUAUGACUGUUUACCUCUAUAUAGUGGUAAGGUACUAUUUAAAAAAUAAUUAAUAGAUUAUAUGUAAAAAUACUCCUCCCUUUUAUGUAAUUAUAUUGUAGCAUAAAGAAAACACAGCCACAUGUUUGCUAACUCAGCUGACUGAAAAAUUACAUUUUUAUAACAGUCAUUUAAAAGUCAGUAUUUAUUUAUGUAAUACAAAAUAAUUAAUUCUGUGUCAUGUUAUUUUGGCCAAUGUUUCUUG